GCACAGCGCCGAUUGCCUCCUGUCUUACAAAACAUAUCAGAUGGAGGAGCCUCAUGCUGUCGGUGAUCCGUCUAACCUUGAACCCAGGUACACACGCCCCGUUAUGCAUACUUCAUCGAAGGGACAAACCAAGGUCUCACAAACCGUCACUACCUCAACUAGCGCUAUAUCAAAGAAUGACUCUAGCAAAUCAUUUGAUACCAACGGCAAAACAAUCACCCGUACAUCCGCAAGCCGCUUUAGAGACCUCCAAUUAGCUAAACGUCCUCUCCAAAUAGCAUAUGGUGACUUUGACUGUUACCGUGUGGAUUUGAAGAAGCGACAAGAGUUCUCAAGGUGUAGUGGUUUUGAUGGUAUCCUAUGUGUCCAUGUGUUAUGCGGUCAGGGUCUAAAGUGUGCGCGGAUGACCCUUCGUGAUCUUUAUUGCGUGAUCUCAGUGGAUUCGUUAAAUAAAGCUCGGACUAUGAUCCGGACAGGUGCGGUCAACUUUGAUUGGGAUGAAGCUUUUGAUGUUGACGUUGAAAAUGCUAAAGAUGUGUCUUUCUUGAUAUAUAACUGGGAUCCGAAUUAUAAACAUAGGUUGUGUUUUCAUGGUUCUAUAUUUUUACCCGGAUUUAUUGACUCAAAUAAAAAGAAACAUAUAGCCCUUAAAAUGGAACCUAAGGGAUUACUUUACAUUACGAUUCUUUUCCAAGAACCCAAAGAAAUCCUACAACGAGUAUCUAGCACUAAACGUGACGGUGUGUUUGGAGUUGACCUGGACACGGUCAUCAAACGCGAGCACAGUAGCGCGCAUGUCCCACUUCUCGUGUUGAAGAGUAUAGCGGAAAUCGAAAGGCGGGGAAUGGAAGUGGUGGGCAUAUACCGCCUGUGUGGGUCCUCACGACGGAAGGCACAACUGAGGGAGGCGUUUGAGAAAAACGCGGCCAACGUCGAUCUCUCGCCUGAGAAUGUCUCUGACAUCCACGUCAUUACAGGUGUACUGAAGGAUUACUUGCGGGAACUUCCGGAGCCCUUGGUGACCAAUGCCCUCUACCAGAUGAUGUUGGAUGCCCUCAGUGUGCGACUCCCGGGGGAUCCAGACGGAAGCGCCACGCUAAUGCUCAGCAUCCUCGAGUGUCUGCCUAAGUCAAACCAGGAGACGAUGUCUAUGAUGUUGAACCAUCUCCAUAAGAUGGCCGUCCAGAGUGACAAGAACAAGAUGGGGCUUGACCAGCUGGCCACUUGCCUUGGUCCCGUGAUCCUCUGCCCCUCCUCCCUCGGGGCGAACCCCGGGGCUCUCGAGUACAUCAAACACAUAGAGGUUCUUAAAUACCUGCUGGAGGUAUGGGCUAAAAAGGACGGCACAGAAAGCUCCAAGCCGUCGAGUAGCGCCACCUCCCCAAAGCCAGAUAGAUCCGUCAUGAACGUCAAGACCGGUAGCCCUGAUCCGACGACAACAAACUCUUGACACUUGGUCAACUAGCAGCGUAUAGACCGUGGGUAACGGACAUCAGACGGUUGGACGUGAAACGUUAAGGCCGCCGAUAAUAUAUACUCAAGAAAACAGUGGUUUACGAGACACAUGGAAUUGCUUAGCAGACAAACAUUUGCAAAAGGAGACUAUAAUAGAGGCGUUAUAACAAAUUUGUCUACCAGUAUUAGGCAAACAUUAGAGUAUUUAAGAAAAUAAUAUGUAUAGCGAAAAUGCAGUUUACUUAAAUUUCCAUUGCAGUAACAUGUGAAAGGGAAUGAUCUAAAGAAGAUGUACACAAUAAAUCUGCUUUUAAGAUAAGCAUACAGACAAUGGCGAUAUAAGUACACUUCAAGUCCUUGCGAAAGGGAGGAAUCUGUAUUGUCCGUCCUGGUCCAUAUGAGUGGCAUACUGAUAAAGGGCAAUUUACAUCGGUUUUAUGUGCAAGAACGACAUCAGAGUAAAUAUUUGUGGCUGCAAUGUUUUAUUUAAUUACUUAUAGUGUUUUGUUUGUAUUUAGGUAGGAUUGCUGUGAUGAAGACUGUAUAUGCCAAUAUAUGGGGAUACCAGUCAGCCGAGCUAAGCUCCAGCCAGCAGUCUCGGUAUAUCAAUAUCAAUUUACUGUUGGCAACACAGAAGACAGACACUGAAAUCACCAUAGACCCAUUUACAUGUAAAUGUUUCAUAUUCGAUUUCCAUAUUGUAGGUCAUUGAUAAAUUAUAAAACUCCAUUCUCUCAUUGAGUGAAUGCUACCCACACAUGCUGAGGGCAUCUGAUUAUUAUUUAAUGGUGAUUUACCAUACGGAUACUCUAGAAGAAUAUGUCAAUACGAUAGUAAUAAACCAAAGUGAAACGAAUGCUUACGUACCGAUAUGAUUAUACUAUUGUUCAUACACUGUAGAUGUUGGUCUAAACUGGUAAGGGGCGUUUCGGAAUAGAAGUAAAAUACGCUGUUUUUUGUAUUGUGCAAAUGGUAAAUGCCACGGGUAAAAAAAGAGAACGCAAAACUGAUUAUCUGUUGGUUUGCACGAGUGCACAUGUUGAAUAAAGACGCUAUUCUAAAAAUUAAUAACAGUAUAAAAAUAUAGUAUAUUUAAUUGUAAAUUGUUGUCAUGUAAACACU